AUGACCACCCGAAGAGGCUCAGUCGCUGUGGAGCGUAAUGCUUCUAUCAGGGCUCACUCCUACUCUGUUGCUGCGCAGGUAGCCGAGCAAGAGAGCUGGAUUGAAAAAAAGCUGAAACCCGAAGGGGUCAGCGCCAGGUAUCCCUUCAAGGGGAAGCCUUUGCUUUAUGCGACAUACGCAUUUGGCAGCUUGGGGGAUGCUUUAUUCGGCUACAACUCAGGCUAUAGGUAUUAUGUCAGGCUUACUCGUCAAUCCGGUGUUCGUGUCUUGGUUCUACCGCGACUACGGGGGGCCGAUGGAAAGACAGCCAGCAUUAACUCCUCUAUUAUCGGAAUAUCGGUCGCCUGCCUUCAACUCACUGCAGCACUUGGAGUACUCAUUGCCGGAAGGCUAGGGGACAUCAUUGGCAGAAAGAAGUGCGUGCGCAUUGGCGGCUUCAUCUAUUUCUUCAGCGCCUUCAUCCAGAUGUUCGCUCCGGACUUUGUUACUUUCGUCACUGGUCGCACUAUCCAAGGUCUUGGUGUUGGUUUUCUCUCAAUGACCGUGCCUAUCGUCCAAACCGAAAUUGCCACAGCCCACAGAAGAGGUCUCAUGGUCAAAAUCAAGUACACUUGUCUUAUUGCUGGAUACAUGCUAUCUUGCUGGGUGGACUACGGCUUCAACUUCCUACUUCCCAGUGAAAUAUCCUGGAAAGAGCCCUUCAUUAUUCAGAUCAUUCUCUCAUUCAUACUGUUUGCCAUGUCAUUCUACCUCCCAGAAACUCCUCGUUGGCUAGCAAAAAGUGGCUAUAUGACAGAGUACCUUCAGACCGUUGCGGAUCUGCAUUCAAAUGGCGACACUCAGGUGGAACAUGUACAGCAGGUAUACCUUGAAAUCCAGGAGGCUGUUAUUUACGAAACUGCCCUCGGAAAGUCUACUUGGACGGAAAUUUUUACCCGGUACCGAAAGCGCACGAUGGUUGGUAUUACUGUCCAAAUGUUUGCUCAGCUUAAUGGGAUCAAUAUCAUCUCAUUCUACCUUCCAAGCACACUUGCGGCCGCUGGAUUCGACUAA